GAUCAUUCCAUCGAUUAUUAUUCAAUUUAUUCAAUUGAAUUUCUCAUCCACUCCUGCUCCAUUCUUGGCUCGGUCCUUACUACGAGUACAGUACCGGGCAGGUCUGGUGGCUCCAGAUUUAGCUCCGAAAUAACCUUCUACCGCGGACUUUGCUCGAAUCUUUCUUAUCUUACCCGAAACCCUUGUCGAAAUCCAGUACAUACAUUGACGGGUAGACCGACAGACAGGUGGACAAACAAGCAGACAUAACUCUUUUCCUUCAAGAUUCCAUGCGUCGAGUCGUUGUCACAGGCUUAGGAGCAGUCACACCUUUGGGGGUAGGCAUCCGUCGAACAUGGAAACGCCUGUUAGACGGUCAUUGUGGCAUCGUCAAUGUCGUGCAUCGCGAUGCUAGGUUCAAGGACGUGCCCUGUCAGGUUGCUGCCGUUGUGCCGCAAGGUGCUCGAGGCGAAGGCGGAUGGACGGCUUCGGAUUGGUUAAGCAGAGACGAUGAGCGCAAGAUGGCUCGAUUUGUGCAGUACGCAAUGGCUGCUUCGGAAGAGGCUUUAGAAGAUGCCGGCUGGAUGCCAACGACUUUUGAACAGAAGGAAGCAACGGGGGUAUGUCUCGGAUCGGGUAUUGGUAAUUUUGAUGAGAUUUAUGACACGGUUGUGGCGUAUGCAAAGGGUGGUUAUCGCAAAGUGUCGCCUCUGUUUGUACCCAAGUUGUUGAUCAACCUCGGUGCUGGUCACAUUUCUAUGAGAUAUGGGCUCAUGGGGCCGAACCACGCAGCGACUACAGCAUGCACCACAGGCGCACACUCAAUCGGCGAUGCAGCCCGCUUCAUUGCGUGCGGUGAUGCUGAUGUGAUGCUAGCCGGCGGCGCGGAGUCUUGUAUCCAUCCUUUGGCGGUUGGCGGUUUCGCUAGGGCCCGCAGUCUGGCUACCAGCUACAAUGACAACCCGCAGAAGGCUUCUCGGCCAUUCGAUGCGGAUCGAGAGGGCUUUGUAGUAGGAGAAGGGGCUGCAGUGAUGGUCCUAGAGGAGCUCGAGCAUGCGAAAAAGCGAGGAGCUCGGAUUUAUGCGGAGCUAAAGGGAUACGGCUGCUCCGGGGACGCGCACCAUAUGACUGCGCCCAAGGAGAAUGGUGAAGGCGCAUUUUUGGCCAUGAAAAAAGCGCUCAAGAACGCCGGGCUUUCGCCCUCCGCUGUCGACUACAUCAAUGCUCACGCUACUUCAACAGUUGUGGGCGAUGCGGCGGAGAACAGUGCCAUCAAAGCUCUGCUUCUCGGCCCAGGUGGAAAGCAGAAAGCUGUAGAGGUCAACAUCAGCAGCACCAAGGGUGCUGUUGGCCACCUGCUUGGUGGUGCUGGCGCCAUUGAGGCUGCCUUUGUCGUUCUCGCAGUCAAUGAGAACAUCAUGCCUCCAACAAUUAACCUGGAGCGGCUAGCAGAUGGAUUCGAUUGCAAUUAUGCCCCGGGCGAGGCGCAAGAGCGCCGUAUUGACGUGGCUUUGACAAACAGCUUUGGAUUUGGAGGGACCAACAGCAGUUUGUGUUUCUCGAAGCUCAACAACUAGGUGAGGUGUCUCAUCCUAUUGUUGUGUGGUCUUUUUGCAUAGAUGCUGCACUGUAUCAACAGCAUGUACUUUAGCGUGGACAUGUCAUACUUCGUCAGCGGCAGAGUCCGCCUCUCAUCAAGAUAUGAUGCCGAGGUACCUGGCACAGUCAGGUUAUGAAAAUGUAUUUUA